AGUAAUUGAACGUGUUAAAAAAAAUAGCGCGGGCGUGUGGCAGGAGAAGCAGUGUGUGGGAACAAUGACCUCACUGCGCUCUAUCCCCGCCUCUCUUCGGCAACAGUAGCGGAAGUUCCGUCGCGAUCUGGGAUAGCAAGCGCACCCCUUACAGUGUAUGUGUGGCAACAACAUGUCUUCGCUGCUGCUUGCCGAGGCUGUGACUGUGUCCGGGCAGGAGAAGGAGACUGCUGCGGUGAUCUUCCUUCAUGGGCUGGGAGAUACAGGGCAUGGUUGGGCAGAAGAAUUGAGAAAGAAUAGGUUGCCAUAUGUGAAGUACAUUUGUCCCCACGCGCCUUCAAUGCCUGUCACUCUCAAUAUGAAAAUCUCCAUGCCGUCAUGGUUUGACCUGAUAGGAUUGAGUCCUGAUGCUCGUGAGGAUGAAUCUGGGAUUAAGAAAGCAUCAGAGAACAUUCUGGCCAUCAUCGACCACGAGGCAAAAAAUGGCAUCCCGCCCAAUCGGGUGAUGCUGGGGGGGUUUUCUCAGGGCGGCGCUCUCUCCCUCUACACUGCCCUCACCUGUCAGCAGCAGCUAGCAGGUGUGGUCGCUCUUAGUUGCUGGUUGCCACUUCACAAGACCUUCCCCCAGGCGGCGAGCGAGAGCAACAGGGAGAUGCCCAUCCUUCAGUGUCAUGGGGAAUCGGACCCCAUGAUCCCAGUGCGGUAUGGACAGCUCACCUCCACCAAGCUGAAGACCAUCGUUUCCCCUGAGAAACACAAAUUCAACACCUUCCCUGAUCUUAUGCAUUGCUCCUGUCCUGAGGAGAUGGUGAUGGUGAAAGAGUUCAUUGAGGAGCAUCUGCCCAAAAUCUGACCUCACCUCACUCCCGCUGUGACCGCAGACAGUGACCACUCACCCCUGACCUGCCAUUCUCCCCAUAGGAAACAGCCAUGAGCACCCCAUAUAGAUCUCACAUACACUCUCACACACAAAUAUCUAUGAACAGAUUGACAUCCUCAAACUGUGAACAUGUUGACUUUACAUAUAGUAAUGCGUCAAAGCCUUUCUUUUAACACAGGCUCGCAUGAAUUCAAAUUUGACAUAAAACUCCCAAAACUCAUCUGAAACACUGUAAACCCUUUGUAAACGCACAUUGUCAAAACACACUGAAGCCUGCGCUCAAUAUUAACAGCGCAAGUUUUGCAGUCUUACAAGCGAGAGUGGACUUCAGUACACUUCUCUCCACUUUCCUCUCCGUCAGCCUUUCCUUGCUCUUUCUGCCUCUCUCCUUCGUGCUCUCUUUUUCUCACUCGCUCUCCCUGGACACUCGCAACCUCUCAUGCUGUGCGUGUCAGUAAGUGGGUCAGUUUAGAGGAUGCUUAUUUCAUCUUCUCCUUUAUCAGUGGAACUAAGUAUUACUAGCAUUUCCCCCUUAUUAAACAGAAAGCAUUGGGAUGGACCCUCUCUGAUCUGGAGAGCUCUGUGUGUUCUGGUCCUGUCUGGAGUGACUCAGGCUGUUCUGUUCCGCAUGAUUUACCCACAGUGCCCUGCUGCCGCAGCUGUGGUCCCCUGCUCGGGUCCUGGUGCUGAAUCUCCUGCACUUGGGUUCCCCUGCUUGUGCAAGGUUUCUCAGACUAUAAAACCUCUUAAUGAAUUCAAAUAAAGGAAUUAAUGGAU